AUGGCAAUCCUUCUGGUGAUCGUGUGCUGCUACUCCCUGUUGCCAUUCCCAUGCUCUGCCGUUUGCAAAGGGCGUGCAUUUGACGACUUUGGCCAGGGGGCUGAGGCCGGGCCAAGGGGAGGAGGAGACCAAUUUGAUCAGGGGGGUGGGGAGGGAGGGCCUGGGAGAGGAGGAAACCAAUUUGAUCACGGGGGUGGGGAGGCAGCGCCAGGGGCAGGAGGAAAUCAUGUUGGUGAGGGGGUUGGGUUGAGUGGAGGAAACCAAGUAGGACGGACGCCUUCGGCGCCGCGGGGUAAGACACCGAGGAACCACAGGUGA